CUUGUUGUCAGCGUUGGUAUUGGAGAUGAGAUGGGAGUGCGAUCCUUCAUUAAUACGGUAAUGUUGCUGGUAAGAUGUCUCCAAAACCCCCAACAGAAGGUCUUUAUACAUCUAGCUGUGCGCUUACAACGAGUUGCAAAUAAAGACUCGCCUCUGUCAGUCUUAUUCUCAUUUUAGCCGGCAACUCCUUUGAACAACAAUAGAAAAAAAAAUCUCCAAGUGUUUGUCAGAGGAAUGCCAAAGAAGACAGAAUUCACUGCGGUCACCUCUUCAAGUCAUGAGGAUAAUUUCAGUGCCAAGGAGCUGAUGGUGCAUGCACCCACUGUCAGUGGUUGGAGAUCCAGCAGGCUGUGUUCGUAUCCUCAGCACCUCACCCUCCAACUGGCGGAGAGAUGUAGAAUAAGAAAGUUGCAAUUGCUGGCUCACCAGUACAUGAUCCCAGCCAAGGUUGAAUUUCAUGUUGGUGACAGCCUGCCUGAAGCCAGCCCUCCAGGAUUCCCUGGACAGUUUCACAGACUUGGGUAUGUGUCUUUAUCGGAUAACGAGAAGACUGGCUUCAAAGCCCGGGAGCUGAAGUCGGUCCACGUUGAUGCCGUCGGAACGUAUCUGAGAAUAACCCUCCACAGGAACCAUGCCAACCGCUACAAUCGCUACAAUCAGGUUGCACUGGUCGCCAUCAACGUUCUGGGAGAUCUUUUGGACAGUACCACACAUCACACAGGGCCAAGCGGAGACCAGCUGAUUGAACUGUACCUCAACAGUACCCAGCAGGAAGCUGCCCUGGACACGACUUUCAUGGGCAAAUGUUUAUCAAUCUCCCAAUUUGAUGAUUUGGCCUUCGACAUGUACCAGGAUCCGGAGGUCGCUCACAUCAUUCGUCUCUUGGACCAAAAGAAGCAAGCCGUUGUCCGACAGGAGAACUUUGAGGAGGCUAAGAAGUUGAAGCAAGCCAUCGCAGACCUUCAGAAGGUUGGAGAGCGUUUGGCCCGAUAUGAUGUGGAGAAGAAAUCUGCGAUUGAAAAGGAGAACUAUGACCUGGCCAAGACGAAAAAGGAGCUCAUGGACGAGUACAGGAAGAGCGUCUACCAACAGCUGGAAGUUCACAACCUGCUGGACAUGACGAUGAUCACCAAGACCUCAAAGGUGUCCUCAGCCCAACGUCCUCCACCUCUUCUGCCUUCUCCUGCUGAUGGUUCAACCCUCACCAAGCCCCUGUUGUCCACAGAUGACAUUAGGAAGGGAAAGAAACUAAACGCUCAUAAUCAGCAAACAGCCACACAGACUGUUGUACCCAAACCUAGCAGUCAGCCUGACAAGUCUGUCACCCCUGCCUCCCUCCCUUCCGUUAACAUCACCGGUGUGCCUUAUGAUGAGAGGCCCCUGCCAGCACUUCAGCGAAAAGGUAGGGCAGGGGAAAGCAUCCAGACGCCAUCAGCGGGGAACUCCCCUAAAUCUGACGUGUUAAGGUCUCCACGUGGUCCUGACCUGAGCGGAGAGCCAGAGCCCCUGACUGAGAAGGCUCUGAGAGAGGCUGGCCUUCCUAUUGAGGCCUUUGGAGAGAGUCUGGUGGCUGGUGCAUAUUCUAAGACCUGGUGCUACAGAGAGGACGCGCUGCUUGCUGUGCACAGCAAACUGCUGGAAGUAAGCGCCACAACGCCCAAAGACGAGCUGAGAAACACAAUAAGAGCGGCAGUCUUUCUGGUUAAGAAGGCCCUUCUGGAUAAAGUUUCAUCUGUUUUUCACGCCUCACUGAAGUUGCUCCGGUUGAUGCUGAGCCAGCUGAUCCCAGGUCUGGGCCUGGGCCGGGUUGAGGUGACCCACUGCCUGGAGCAGACCUUACCUAAUUUGCUGGCGAGGACGGGAGACUCCCCUAACCGUCUACGGGCGGCUGCCAUCGCCCUCAUACAGGAAAUUGCUGUUAUGAAGGAUGUCAGAGCCUCACAGGUCAUCCCCAGUGAACUAGUGAAGCCUUUCAAAUCCAACUUCCCCCCUCGUCUGGCUCAGAGUCGGGCUGAACUGCUCGAGAAACUUCUUGUGGAACUGGGCACAGACAACUCUGGCUUCACCCUAGAAAAUGUCAUCACGUUUUGUACAGCUGCUUUGGAGCAUAGUGCGAAAGGGGUUCGAGAGCUGGCAGCAAGCAUCAUCUUAUCCCUGUACGAGCAGCACAGAGGAGCCGUUCUCAGCUACCUUCCGCCUAAUGAUGCUUCCACACAGAAGAACUUUCUCUACAAAACCCUGUUUGACGGAUUUGGGAAGAUUGAUGGAAAAACUGCGGAACCUCAGGCUUUGAAAAGAGAUGUCAAACAGCAGCCUGGACAAAAGGAGAAGAAAGAAAUCCACUUCCUUCAAAAGCAGCUGGCCGCCUUGAAAGACAUCACAGAAAGGGAGAGCGAAAGCACCACAGACGAAACAUCCAAUCAAGAACAAGACAAAGUUGAAAAACAGUCCCCAAAAGGUGUCACAAAAGGGCCCCAGAGUCAGAAAGCCGACUGCGUAGACGUACAGGACUCCAUCGAAUAUCUGGAUAACAUGUGCAUUUUCUGUGGCAAAAAAGAUGAAUCGUUUACAGAAGAUGGAUUGGACCUUCACUACUGGAAACAGUGUCUGAUGCUGCAGCGCUGCGAUGAGUGUAGACAGGUAGUUGAGAUAGCCAGCCUCACAGAACACCUGCUGCGGGAAUGUGAAAGCAGGUCCAGGUUCAGCCAGUGUCCACGCUGCUCAGAGGCUGUGCCCACUGAGGAGCUCACUGGUCAUGUUCAGGGUUCAAACUGUAACCGUACAGUCGCCGCCUCCAACCAUUGUCCUUUGUGUCACAACAACUUUCCACCUGGAGAGGAGGCCUGGAAGACUCACCUCAUGGGCCGAGAGGGCUGUAAGCAAAACUCACGCAGGACUGCGGUGUCCCAAAGAACCCAGCCAGCACAAGGUAGGGCCGCUGGGGGAAUGAAGCAGUCGUUGUUGGUCAGAGCCGGAGCCAGAACCAGAACUGGGCCCGGGGGCAGAGGCAGCCGGAUCCCAUCCCUGACACCCAUGGCGAGGAGAAACGCUGCAGGAAAGCGCUGAAGCUGGUCGGUCACAAACUCCAUCAUCCAAAGAUAGUAUAUAACCAGAAGAAACAACUCCCCCUGCCCUCUCAUUUGAGAGUUAUUGACAAAGGGUCAAUAACUCCAACUCUAAAUAGGUGGACGCAAAACUGCAAUUCAUCAUUAAGGCGAUCUAGUUCAGCCUGUUGGGUUUGAAACAAAAGCUUAUUUUGUGUAAGAAUAUCAGCUGACUCAGUGUCCUGCCCGCAGGUUAAAACUCUACCAGUAAACACCUGUGAGGCCAGUAAAUAUGAGAUCACUGAGUCCUUGUAAGUGAUACACUCGUACAAGGUUUCUCGUCUCUUACAGUCUUAUUUUUGUCAAUGCUGUUUAAAGCCUUUAUAUGUUGCUUAAAGGGAAGUCUUGCCAUUCCUUACUGUGGAACUAUCAAAAUUUUUAAUCCUAAAGAUUAUAUUGGAAAAAUGAAGCCAUGUUGAGGGUGUGCCGAUUUAUAUUUCCAGCUACUGGUUGAAGUUCAAAAGUAUGUGAUGCAGCAUUUCCAGUUGUGCAGCCAGCUGCAUCUUUUCAGUCCAACUCCUCUGCUCAGUCACUGCCCACGUUUUACACAAUGCAGGCACUCUGCUGGAAGCAAAGUUUCGCCGAGCUGAGACAACACUGAAUACGUCAGUCUGACAUCACCAAGGACAUGUCACGUCUGUCAACUGAAUGCUCUGUGCAAAAACGUCUAGAUGCCCAUUACGGCAGUGCAAGCCCUUCAGUGAUUUCUCUCUCCUUUAAAAAAAAAAAAUUUACUGGAUUAUGGAGCAAAAUUGCUUUGAUGCUGUGUAUCGCAUCGAGAUAAAACCAUAAAUUUACGUGAACUAUAUAUAAAAGGAGACUUUUUUUCUCCCCUCGUUACUCAACAGCAAACCAGAUUAAACUUUUCCUGUUUUCGGGUCAAUAAGAUUACUUGACCUAAAACAAGCAAUCUUGUUUUAGGUCAAAAGCUAAAAUAGGAUUAGAUUUUGACCUAAUCUGGUUUUAUGUCUCUUUGGUUACAUAGCAGAAAAAUGAGAUAGGAUUGUUUUGUUUUUUUUCUUCUAUUAUUUUCUUCAUAUUUAAAAGCUUACAUACAUGGAGAUUGUCAUGCCUUUAAACAAUUUUGGAAAGCCCAGAUGAUGAUAAUGCCAUAUUAGCUUCUACUUGAUGGCACAGCAGUGUAUUUGUGUUGACAAAACAAUAUAAAUUUAGCUACUUUCCUUGUUCGACAUCAUGGAAAAAUCUAAAGGAACCAGCCAAGAUAUCGGGAUUGUGGAUUAAAAUACAGAUGUCUGAAAGCGCCACAUUCAUCUGUUGUAAGCGUUAUUCAGAAGUAUAAGCAACAAGGGAAGGUCCAGUUAUCAUACAGAUCUAGAAGGAGAUGGCUCCUGUGUACCCAGAUAUUAGCAACAAUCAACUCCAAGGCAAAAGACUUUUGUGAAGAUUGCUUGCUGAACCCGCUGAGAGAGUCUUUGUCCAGAGAGAAAUGACACCUGUACCAACACGGGCCGAAAGGUCACAUAGCAAGGCAGAUUCCAUUCCUCCAAACUCAACAUAAACAACCAGAUUACAGUUUGAAAAUGGACUCAGAGAAAACAACGUUCGUCUCUGGUAACAUCUUUGAUGGUCAGACCAAAAUGCAGUUGAAGCUUUUGGCUCUAGUGAAGACUCUAGGAAUAAAUGGGGAAGCUUACAUUCCUGAAAACACUGUCCCGAAUGUGAAGCAUUUCCCCAAAUAAAUGGCAUCAUGAGAAAUAUAGAAGCGGUAUUUUAUUCGAUCAACCAGGAAGUUCAUGACUUUCCACAAAGGGGCCAACUGUUGCAACUGUGGGGAGAGUUGGAAAGGUGUGUGUGUGUGUGUGCGUGUGUGUGCGUGCGUGCGUGCGUGCGUGCGUGCGUGUGUGUGUGUGUGUGUGUGUGUGUGUGUGUGUGAGCGAAACGACCUGCAAACCUCGCUCAGUUAAAGCAGCUCCGUCAGGUGAAAUCUCCAGAGCCUUGUUGAGAGGAGACAAAAUAUUUUAACUAAGUCAUAGAGUUUAAAAGGAAAUUUUCUAAAGACUAAAGAAAUGAAUAUAAAUGUCAGAAUUUAAGAAAAGUUAAAAAAAAAAA